GGACCUAGGUGCAGCUGGAUGCUUCGUGAAACUUUAAAAAUGUCGCAUCUCUGCCUUUCUCCCUGCACAGGAUCCUCCCCAGGCGCUGAGUCCCUGCAGCUGCAGCAUCCAGGCUCUGACCCAGCUCCUGCAGACCACGAUGUCCGAAAAACCGAAGAUGUAUCAAGGUGUCCGAGUAAAGAUCACAGUGAAGGAGCUGCUGCAACAGAGAAGGGCACACCAGGCAGCCUCGGGGGGAACCCUGUCUGAAGGCAGCAGUAUCCACCUUGAAGACCCAGCUGCACCAUCUUCUGCAGGACUCUAUUUUGAGCCUGAACCAAUAUCUUCCACACCCAAUUAUUUUCAACCUCAAGAAUUUUCCACUUGGAUUUCUUGUGAAGAAAACCCCAACUGCCUGGACCAGAUCUUCGAUUCCUACCUUCAGACUGAAACACUCUCAGAGCCUUUGCUCAACUCCACACAAAGUGCUCCUCACUAUCUGCCAGACAGCUUCCAGGCCACCCCUUUCUGCUUUAACCAGAGCCGCCUGACCCUGGGAUCACCUUCAGAUUCCUCCACUCUCUCUGGCUCCUUAGACUACAGUUACUCGCCAGCUCAGCCGCCUUCAUAUGCUUCAGAGAAUUAUAGUUCUCCCCCUUCUCUGGACACCCUAAACCAUGGCUAUCCCCAAGAAGACUACUCUUACUACCACUUGCCCUCGCAUGCCCAGUACAACUGCUUCUCCACCGCCACCACCUCAGUCUGCUACUGUGCAUCCUAUGAGGCAAAGCACUUGGAGGCCCUCAAAACAGCAGAGUACUUCUAUCCAAGCACAGACUGUGUGGACUUCACCCCCUUAGGAGCUGGCACCAGUGAUUUCUGUAAAAGGGAAACAAACUGUGACAUAUGCUAUAGUUAAUAGAAAUUCCAUGAUUUGGAACAUGGCAUGGGUAUAUCUAUUUUUCUACCACAUCUAGAUGACACUUUGAAACAUGCAACCUGUUAACAAAAUGUCAAAAAUAUGGUUUAUAUGUCGCAGUUUUCCAUUUUCUAAUGCUAAUGUCAGCAUUAAUAUCAAGUCCUCAAACCUGGUCAUAGUGCCUACUUCGUAUGCUGAGAGUUACAAUUUUCAUAGGUGACUUUCCAUUUACUUUUCUGUGUAACCAACAAAUUCUGUCUCUUUUUUAAACUAAUAAACAAUUUUGUAUUGUUA